AUGCCCAAGAAGACUGAAGAGAACCUCACCUUACCUCACCCAGACCAACCGGUGGUCUUCAACCACGUCUACAACAUCAACGUCCCCUCUACCUCACUCUGCUCCAUCGAUCUGGACACUCCGGGCGGAUCAGAGGCAAAGCACAAAAGCGGGCCGAUGGAUAUGCAAAACACUGAGCACAUGGAACACACAAUGGACGGGGAAAACCAGAUUGUUUUCACCCACCGAAUCAACAUCCCCAAGCAGGCGUGUGGCUGCGACGGAAACCCCCCGGACCUCAAGGACAUCCUGAGCAGACUGGAGAUGCUGGAGUCAGAGCUGUCUGCGCUGAGGGAACAGUGUGGCAGCGGCACGGGCUGCUGCGGAGCUCCGGUCACAGGUGAGGUGUCCACAAAGCCCUACUGUAACGGCCGUGGGAACUGGAGCGCGGAAACCUGCAGCUGUCUUUGCGAACCGGGCUGGAGAGGUCCCAACUGCACCGAACCGGAAUGCCCCAACGAUUGUCAAGACCAGGGACGAUGUGUGGAUGGGAAAUGCGAAUGCUUUGACGGGUUCGGAGGAGAUGACUGCGGUAUCGAGCUUUGUCUUUUGGAUUGCGGCGAUUAUGGACAUUGUGUCGAAGGUUCCUGUCUUUGUGAAGAUGGAUUCGUCGGCCAAGAUUGCUCUCAGACAAACUGCCUCAACAACUGCUUAGGUCGUGGGAAAUGCGUUGAUGAUGAGUGCGUUUGCGACGAACCGUGGACUGGAUUUGAUUGUUCCGAGCUCAUCUGUCCCAACGAUUGUUACGAUCGAGGCCGCUGCAUUAACGGAACGUGCUACUGCGACGAAGGCUUUACCGGAGAAGACUGCGGCGAGCUCACUUGUCCUGGAAACUGCAACAAUCGCGGCAUGUGCGUCAACGGCCAAUGCGUUUGCCAAACUGGAUACACGGGCGAAGACUGCUCAAAACUCACCUGUCCCAACAACUGCAAAGAACGAGGUCACUGCUUCAACGGGAAGUGCAUUUGCGAUCCUGGGUUUGAAGGCCCAGACUGCUCAAUUUUAUCCUGCCCAGACAACUGCAGCAAUAGGGGACAGUGCGUAAACGGAGAGUGCUUAUGCGAUUUUGGAUUCGAAGGAGAAGACUGCAGCGAGAUAUCUUGCCCCAACAAUUGCAAAAACCAAGGCCGAUGCGUUAACGGCCAAUGCGUGUGUGACAAAGGCUACGCAGGAGAGGACUGCAGUGUCAAAACCUGUCCCAAAGAAUGUCUUGGACGUGGAGAUUGCGUUGAUGGGAAAUGCGUGUGCUUCUUAGGCUUCACCGGGAAGGACUGCGGCGAGUUGACGUGCCCAAAUGAUUGCAACGGUCGUGGGCGCUGUGUCAAUGGGCAAUGCGUGUGUGAAAAGGCCUUCUCUGGGGAGGACUGCAGUGAGAAGACGUGCCCCAAUAACUGCCUGGAUCGAGGGUACUGCGUCGAUGGGACCUGUGUGUGCUACGAAGGGUUCACCGGCCACGACUGCUCCGAGCUGACCUGCCCUGGAGAGUGCCAAAACCAAGGCCGCUGCGAGAACGGACUGUGCAUCUGCGAUGAGGGAUUCAUAGGAGAGGACUGCUCUGAAGUUUCUCCUCCCAAAGACCUGGUCACCACCGUAGUGAACCCAGAGACGCUGGACCUUUCCUGGGAGAAUGAGAUGCGUGUGACUGAAUACCUGAUCACCUACGCGCCCACGGCUGUCGGGGGGCUGGAGAUGGAUAUGCGCGUUUCUGGAGACCACAAGAUGGCCACGAUUCGCGAGCUGGAGCCGGGUAUCGAGUAUCUGAUCAGCGUCUACGCCAUCCUCAACAACAAGAAGAGUGUUCCCGUCAGUGCCCGAGUGGAGACGCAUCUGCCAGAGCCCGAAGGACUGAAGUUCAAGUCUGUGAGAGAGACGUCGGUGGAGGUGCAAUGGGACCCGCUCAACAUUCCCUUCGACGGAUGGAACCUCAUCUUCCGAAACACAAAAGAGGAGGAUGGAGAGAUCACCAACUCUCUGGGUCGUCCCGAGACCACGUUUGAGCAGUCAGGCCUGGGCCCGGGGCAGGAGUACGAGGUCAAGCUGGAGGUGGUGAAGAACAACAAGAGAGGACCCCCGGCCUCCAAGAGCAUCGUCACCAAGCUGGAUGCUCCGACGCAGGUGGAUGUGCGGGACGUGACCGACAGCACGGCAUUGGUGACCUGGUUCAGGCCUGUGGCUUCCAUCGACGGUCUGACGGUGACGUAUGGACCCAGUGCUGAUCCUGCAGAGCGCACAGUGAUGGAGCUGCCUCCCACAGAUACACAGUUCCAUCUGGGGGCCCUGCGGCCGGACACCCACUACGAGGUGUCCCUGUCUGCACGCCGAGGGGAGCACAGCAGCACCCCCGUCUACCAGUCCUUCCUCACAGAUCUGGACACGCCUAAGAACCUGCAGACUGUGGAUGUGACUGACGAGAGCAUCACGCUGGAAUGGGGCAACAGCUUCGCCCGCGUCGACAACUACCGCAUCAAGUACGGGCCUCUGUCCGGAGGAGACCAUGGAGAGCUGCUGUUCAGCCCCGGGCCACGGGACAGCACCCAGGCCAAGAUCACAGGACUGAGGCCGGGCACAGAGUACGGGAUGGGAGUGACCGCGGUGAAGGACGAACGGGAAAGCCAGCCAGCAACCACCAAUGCUGUCACCGCACUAGACGCCCCCAAGGACCUGGCGGUGACCGAGGUCAGCGAGACCUCCAUGACGCUGCAGUGGAAGCGCCCUGUGGCCAAGCUUGACUCGUACCGCCUGCUGUACGUGUCAGCGGACGGGCAAAAGGACGAGGCUCUGGUACCCUCCGGCACCGAGAGCCACACCUUCACCAACCUGACCCCUGGGAUGCUCUACACCAUCCGGAUCAGUGCAGAGAGAGGCAGGAGGACCAGCGCGCCGGCCUCCAUCUCUGCUCCCACUGGGCAAAGGCGGCGGCUAAUCCUCCGCUCGGACAAUCCCCACACGCCUUAUCAUAUCCAGACACGGCAGGAGCACAACUGUGGGCGAAGCGAGCCAACCGGGGGGAGGGGAACGGAGGAGAAGCCCGUCAUUACCAACGUGACGGUUAGGGAUGUGUCCUGGGACAGCCUGGUGCUGUCGUGGUGGGCAGAGGACGGGGCCUUUGAGGGGUUCCUGGUGGAGCUGAACGAUGCAGAGGCGGGUGCUGAGUGGCAGAACCACACAGUGUCUGGGAACGCCCGUAGCCUAAGCCUCUCAGGCCUCAGCCCAAACACCUGGUACAGGGCCAGUCUGUACGGCCUCCACAAGGGGGCGCUGUUAGAGCCCGUGUUUGCGGACACCAUCACAGAGACUGAACCUGAAGUCCGCAACCUCCAAGUCUCCGCCGUCACCACCGACAGCUUUAGCGUGUUGUGGGAGGCCGAGGACUACGCCUUCGAUACCUUUGUCAUUAUGCUCAGCCACAGCGCCGCCUCCACGCCACCUCAGGAACUGGUGCUGAGCGGGGACGAGCGGAAAGCGGACUUUAACUACCUGAACCAAGACGCAGAGUAUAAAGUUGAAAUCUUUGGACUGAUAGCACAAAAGCGAUCCAAGUCUGUGACGGCGCAGGUCCGAACAGACCUGGGAGCUCCAAACGGCCUCCGCUUCUCUGAUGUGACUGACACCUCGGCCAUAGUGCAUUGGGUGGUGCCCCGAGCGCGAGUGGACAGCUACAGGGUCACUUAUCUUCCUGCACACGGAGGGAACACAAAGUCCCUGACCGUAGACGGCUUCGACUCUCACUGCGGUCUGUCCAACCUGACCCCAGGCGUCACCUACGAGGUCUCUGUGGUGGCUGUCAAAGGGGAGAGAGAGAGCGAGCCGGGGGCCGGCACCGUGACCACAGCUCUGGAUAAACCCAGUGGUCUGAACGCAGUGAACAUCACAGACUCGGAGGCUCUGCUGCUAUGGCAACCAGCCAUCGCCACCGUGGAUGGUUACGUCAUCACCUACAGCGCCGACUCAGUUGCCCCGGUGAUGGAGCGCGUCUCUGGAAACGUGGUAGAGUUUGAGAUGACGUCUCUAACUCCCGCCACUCACUACACUGUGAAGGUUUACGCCGUCAGAGACACGGCCAAGAGCGCCGCCACCACCACCGACUUCACCACAGACGUGGACGCGCCUCAGGACCUUCAGACCAGUAACGUUCAGACGGAGACAGCGCUGCUCACGUGGAGACCGCCGCGCGCCGACAUCACCGGAUACAUCCUGACCUUUGUGUCCGAGGCCGACGGCUCCAUGCGGGAGGUGGUGCUGAGUCCCACUGCGGUCUCCUAUAACAUGGCGCAGCUGAGCGCCUCCACAGUUUACUCUGUGAAGCUUCAGGCCAUCGCUGGCCCCAAGAGGAGCAAGGUCAUCACCACCGGCUUCACCACCACCGGCGUCCUGUAUAGACAUCCCAAAGACUGCUCCCAGGCGCUGCUGAACGGGGACACGUCCUCCGGCCUUUACACCAUCUUCGUGGGCGGAGACGAGAGCCAGCCACUGCAGGUUUACUGCGACAUGGGCUCAGACGGCGGCGGGUGGAUCGUGUUCUUGAGGCGGCAGAGCGGGAAAGUGGAGUUCUUCCGGAACUGGAAGAAUUACACCGGCGGCUUCGGAGACAUGAAUGAUGAGUUCUGGCUGGGUCUGUCAAACCUGCACAAGAUCACAGCUGGAGGUCAGUACGAGCUGCGAGUGGAUCUGAGAGACAAGGGCGAGACGGCGUUCGCUCACUACGACAAGUUCUCAGUCUCUGAGCCCAGGACGCGCUACAAGGUCCACGUGGGAGGCUACAGCGGCACCGCGGGUGACUCCAUGACGUACCAUCACGGCCGGCCCUUCUCCACGUAUGACCACGACAACGACAUCGCCGUCACCAACUGCGCCCUGUCCUACAAGGGCGCCUUCUGGUACAAGAACUGCCACCGGGUCAACCUCAUGGGUCGCUAUGGAGACGACAGCCACAGCAAGGGUGUCAACUGGUUCCACUGGAAGGGCCACGAGCAUUCCAUUGAGUUCGCCGAGAUGAAGAUCCGGCCGUCCAACUUCCGAAACCUGGAGGGGCGAAGGAAACGGUCAUAA